GAGGUCCUCGCCUCUCUGCGAGCCAGCCCCCGCGCCCCGCACUGGGGGCGGCGCAGCCCGUCCUCCCGAGGAGCCUCGGCCGCCCGCCCCUGCCCUCGCCCCCGAGCCGGGCCCGGAGUCUCCGUGGCCGUUAGGGACGGCGGCGAAGAAGCAAGGACGGUCUCCGCGGCGGUGGCCGUUCCGCCCGGGAAAGACAGCAAGUUGAGUGCGCGCCCGGCGCGGGGACGGGAGGCGGCCGCCGCCCGCCGGCCAUGGAUCAUCGCUGCCCUUUCUGCGGAGGAGGGGAAGUGGAGGCCCAGGAAGACUGAAGAGCUGUCCCGUUCUUCGUAGACACUGAGCAGUGCAGGACAGUGGAUUGCCUGCGGGCCCAGUCCCCGGCGGUGUGACAGCGUCACCUACUCCGGCACCCCCAGCAGCUGCAGCACGGUCCCUUUGCGCUCUCGGCGCCCUGCCCGGAGAGAGAUGGCAUCCAGCCUGACCUGCACCGGGGUGAUCUGGGCUCUGCUCUCGUUCCUCUGUGCUGCCACCUCCUGCGUGGGGUUCUUCAUGCCUUACUGGCUCUGGGGGUCCCAGCUGGGCAAGGCUGUGUCCUUCGGUACCUUCCGGAGGUGCUCGUACCCCGUGCACGACGAGAGUCGGCAGAUGAUGGUGAUGGUGGAAGAGUGCGGGCGCUAUGCCUCGUUCCAGGGCAUCCCCAGCGCGGAGUGGAGGAUCUGCACCAUCGUGACCGGCCUGGGCUGUGGCCUCCUGCUCCUGGUGGCUCUCACGGCCCUCAUGGGCUGCUGUGUGUCGGAGCUCAUCUCCAGGACAGUGGGGAGAGUGGCUGGAGGAAUCCAGUUUCUGGGCGGCUUGCUGAUCGGGGCCGGCUGCGCCCUCUACCCCUUGGGCUGGGACAGCGAGGAAGUUCGGCAGACCUGUGGCUACAUCUCUGGCCAGUUUGACCUGGGUACGUGUGAAAUCGGCUGGGCCUACUACUGCACGGGAGCGGGGGCCGCCGCCGCUGUGCUGCUCUGCACCUGGCUGGCCUGCUUCUCCGGCAAGAAACAGAAGCAGUACCCCUACUGAGCAGGCGCCCCCCGAGAGCAAACCGAGGUGAAGAUGGGCCAAAGGGGCUUGGAGGACCGGAGCAUUUCCAGCUGCUUUCAAAAGGUGGAACAGCGGUUCUAAUCCCUACCAUGCUAUUGCAACGGAACCCGGCAGAGUCAGCAUCGUUACACCACACCGAAGGGUCGUGCGAGGUUUGGAAAAGACAGGAGGGCAGGGGAGGAGGGGAGGAAGAAAUGGACCAAAGGCUGCAAACGUUGUAGGGGUAUUAGGUGUUUCUAUUCCACAGAGUAUGUUAAUGUAGAACAUAUAUGCAGGCAAAGCAAACCUACAUAUGCAAAGAAAGGUUUGGGAUUUUUUUUUUUUUAAGAUAAAGACACAGACCCUCAAAGGGCUAGUAGGAACCGUGUUAUGUUGCUGCGACCUCUCAGGGGUCCCCGGCGGGCCACGCGCUUCUGAAAGCACACGAGCACACAGACACACCUGCAUCCAUGCCCACGCCCACGCGCAAACCUAGAAACUGUCGCAAAGACCGCACGACGGGUGUAGCUGUGCAUCAAUCACUCUGUGUUCUUUUUAACAUGCAUUUAAAAUACUGUGUUGUCACUUUAUAAAGCAUACGUCGAACCUAACAAAUGGACCAAUAAGCCACUGUAUCAGUAUUUUGUAUAUUGAGCAUAAACUCUUUAUGCCCUCAAUGUGUCUUCAGUGUUUAUGCAGACCUUUAGAGUUAAGCCUUUGUAUUCCGAUAUUAUUCAACACUAUGCUGUAUUUCUCCAUGUAGCUUCUGCUAUGAUAUUCUUAUGCAGUAAAAAGGCAUAUUUCUGUCUACUUUCCAGUCAUUAGAUCUUGGGAGUUUUUUUUCCCCAUUAUUAUACUGUGCUGUACCACAUUUAUUUCCAUAUUCAUUUUGUAAACAACCAAAAAAAUGCUAUUUUGUUUGUAUCUGAAAAGCUCUGUGAAUAAAUUCUCUCUUUGAUCAAUAACUAAA